AUGUUUAAUUGCAGUUGCACCACAUGGUGGGGCACUUAUUAUUUCCCCUCCGUCACUUUCUUCCUCCACUUUCCUCACCACAACUUUCACUGCUUUGACAAACAGCUUAUAAUUUACAGAGACACUAAAGCUCAUACACAUCUCCCCUCCUGCGCCCGGGACCAGGCCCUUGCACAUAUUUGCAUCGUCACACCCGGUAGUAGCCUACAAUUUCAUAAGAGGCCUCUGACCCCCCUACUUUCCCUGUGGCCGAUUGAAAACAGCUCCUCCCCCGGAAUCAAUUUCGAGCCUUGA